AUGGUUUUAGGCGAUAUUCCGGAGGGCCGUGGCAAGAAGCGCAAGAAGGAGGGCGAGAUCAAGCACGAACCGGCUGAGAAUGGGGAUCGAGAUGGCUCCCCAACCUCCUCGAGCCACCACGGACACGACGGCGGCCAGAUGAACGGGGAACAUGGCGAAAACGGAACUCCUACCCAGAAUGGUCACGGAGAGGGCGCGAAUCCGGAAGAGCCCAGCUUGACGCAACCACAAAGCCACGUGGAAGAGGUGUACGAUGAGUAUGACUACAAGAUGUGGGUCGAGUUCGCCGAAGAAGAGAAAGUCGAGGGAGAUCCCGAACAAUGUUGGCCCCAACGGGAUCGAUUGUGGUUUUACAAUUUCUUGAUUCUAACAGUGGACCUCUACUCUGACAACUCCACCUUCACCACCGAUUCCAACACCUCGUACAGCAGCAAUUUGACCGUUUCCUCGGACUCCACGCCACUUCCACCUUCCCCUGACAAGUCCGAAUCUGAGGCACGGAUACCAGCUUGGCUCGACGAAUCUUCGACAGGACCGCCGACGCCCGAUGAAUCCGGGCACGAGCUCGUCAGAAAUCAAUUUAUGCCGCGGGAGCAGCGGCUGAGCCAAUUUGCCGUUUACCUUGCCGCUUGUGCGCCUGAAGCCACCGCCUACGGAACCUGCGUCUCCUCCAACGCCGAGCGAAUCAAGAAAGACACUUACGUC